AUGAAAAAGGGGACGUCCACCUGCGACGGUGUGUACGGCAGCAGUGACGACGGCGGUCUGACGGGUCGCCACGCUGGCCGGUUGCUGUGUAUUGUGUGCCGGUCCCUCGGCGAUGAGCUCCCGCAUCAGCUUGGACUCCGGGGCGAACCUCUGUGGGCGCCCACGCUCGCUGUGAUGCUGCCGCUACUGCCGUCCCCAUCAGCGGCAGCUCGGGACGUCCCUGGUUCCGGAGCUGCUGAGUUCGGCUGCAGCUGUGGGCCAUCCGCUUUGCUUGGCGGCUGGGUAGCCGCCGGCAACAGAGCCUCUGGUUUCGGAGGGUUCACUUCCACGAAUUUAUUGGGUUCCCGGUGUGGGCCAGGGGGAAGUGGCUUCAUCGCCGCGCUUUCACCACUGCCGUCGGGUGGUUCACGGCCGGCUGAGGGGGAUUGGGGUGGGAUGUCCUUAACGGGCGGCAGCGGCGCUUUGGCCAGAUUACCGCCGCUGCCGCUGCCGCCGCCGCCGCUGGAGCUAGGGCCUGGCGUCGGCGGACUCGUACUGGCGCUCGGUCCUUUGCCUGGGGACCCGCUGCCGCUGCCGCCGCUGCCGCCGCCGCCGCUGGUGUUAGGGCCUGACGUCGGCGGGCUCGUACUGGCGCUCGGUCCUUUCCCUGGGGACCCGCUGCCGCCGCCGCCGCUGCCGCCGCCGCCGCUGGUGUUAGGGCCUGACGUCGGCGGGCUCGUACUGGCGCUCGGUCCUUUCCCUGGGGACCCGGUGCCGCUGCCGCCGCUGCCGCCGCCGCCGCUGGUGUUAGAGCCUGACGUCGGUGGGCUCGUACUGGCGCUCGGUCCUUUCCCUGGGGACCCGCUGCCGCCGCUACCGCUGCCGCCGCCGCCGCUGGUGUUAGGGCCUGACGUCGGCGGGCUCGUACUGGCGCUCGGUCCUUUCCCUGGGGACCCGCUGCCGCCGCCGCCGCUGCCGCCGCCGCCGCUGGUGUUAGGGCCUGACGUCGGCGGGCUCGUACUGGCGCUCGGUCCUUUCCCUGGGGACCCGCUGCCGCCGCUACCGCUGCCGCCGCCGCCGCUGGUGUUAGGGCCUGACGUCGGCGGGCUCGUACUGGCGCUCGGUCCUUUCCCUGGGGACCCGCUGCCGCCGCUACCGCUGCCGCCGCCGCCGCUGGUGUUAGGGCCUGACGUCGGCGGGCUCGUACUGGCGCUCGGUCCUUUCCCUGGGGACCCGCUGCCGCCGCCGCCGCUGCCGCCGCCGCCGCUGGUGUUAGGGCCUGACGUCGGCGGGCUCGUACUGGCGCUCGGUCCAUUCCCUGGGGACCCGCUGCCGCCGCCGCCGCUGCCGCCGCCGCCGCUGGUGUUAGGGCCUGACGUCGGCGGGCUCGUACUGGCGCUCGGUCCAUUCCCUGGGGACCCGCUGCCGCCGCCGCCGCUGCCGCCGCCGCCGCUGCCGCCGCCGCCGCUGGUGUUAGAGCCUGACGUCGGCGGGCUCGUACUGGCGCUCGGUCCUUUCCCUGGGGACCCGCUGCCGCCGCUACCGCUGCCGCCGCCGCCGCUGGUGUUAGGGCCUGACGUCGGCGGGCUCGUACUGGCGCUCGGUCCUUUCCCUGGGGACCCGCUGCCGCCGCUACCGCUGCCGCCGCCGCCGCUGGUGUUAGGGCCUGACGUCGGCGGGCUCGUACUGGCGCUCGGUCCUUUGCCUGGCGACCCGCUGCCGCCGCUACCGCUGCCGCCGCCGCCGCUGGUGUUAGGGCCUGACGUCGGCGGGCUCGUACUGGCGCUGGGUCCUUUGCCAGGGGACCCGCUGCCGCCGCUACCGCUGCCGCCGCCGCCGCUGGUGUUAGGGCCUGACGUCGGCGGGCUCGUACUGGCGCUCGGUCCUUUCCCUGGGGACCCGCUGCCGCCGCCGCCGCUGCCGCCGCCGCCGCCGGUGUUAGGGCCUGACGUCGGCGGGCUCGUACUGGCGCUCGGUCCUUUCCCUGGGGACCCGCUGCCGCCGCUACCGCUGCCGCCGCCGCCGCUGGUGUUAGGGCCUGACGUCGGCGGGCUCGUACUGGCGCUCGGUCCAUUCCCUGGGGACCCGCUGCCGCCGCCGCCGCUGCCGCCGCCGCCGCUGGUGUUAGGGCCUGACGUCGGCGGGCUCGUACUGGCGCUCGGUCCAUUCCCUGGGGACCCGCUGCCGCCGCCGCCGCUGCCGCCGCCGCCGCUGGUGUUAGGGCCUGACGUCGGCGGGCUCGUACUGGCGCUCGGUCCAUUCCCUGGGGACCCGCUGCCGCCGCCGCCGCUGCCGCCGCCGCCGCUGGUGUUAGAGCCUGACGUCGGCGGGCUCGUACUGGCGCUCGGUCCUUUCCCUGGGGACCCGCUGCCGCCGCUACCGCUGCCGCCGCCGCCGCUGGUGUUAGGGCCUGACGUCGGCGGGCUCGUACUGGCGCUCGGUCCUUUACCUGGGGACCCGCUGCUGCCGCCGCCGCUGCUGCCGCUGCCGCCGCCGCCGCUGGUGUUAGGGCCUGACCGUGAUGAUGACCCAGCCGAAGAAACGGACAUGUGGCUUCUUCCUCCUCCUCCUCCUCCUCCUUCGCACCGCCGACUCGAUGUGGCUUUCCGCGGGUCUUCCUUUCAGCCGCCAACCAGCAUUCCGAACCUUCAAAUAAAAACGAAGGUGGUGCGACCAGGGGGACCACCAGCAGCAGCCGCAGCGGCAGAAGCAGUGAAAGCAGCCGAGUGA